GCAGGUUCUCAAAAAUGAUGAUGACAAGAUGAUCGAGUAAACAAUACUAUGCGUUAAAAAAUACGUAGCUCAUGACUGUCCGGAAUGGUAGAAACUGUGUUAUUUAUGGUUUGGCUGUUGUGGAUCUUUCAACCUCCUACCAUACACAGCAUGAACAUAACCGUUGUAACCGUGGCAUUCACCGACAGUCCGACGUACGGCUAUAACGCCAUGAUGCCGACAUACGACGCGAUAUUUUCCUUUAUUGCGCGGAAGUAUCCAUUAGUGCACUCGAAGAUAAAGCGUAUGCCACCGUUGAAUUUGGCACAAUACAUGCCGGCUGAUGGAUACUCGUAUUCUUGUACAUUUGCUUAUGAAGUGGCUAUGCAAUAUAUUGGAGCGUAUUAUCAAAAGCAUCCAGAAAUUUUCCAGCCGAAUUCUACGGAAGUCUUUCCAUUUAUAUUGACCGCAGACUGGUGCGAUGACGCUCAAACUGAACUAGCAAGAUUUGCUACAGCGGCAAAUGUCUUUCUGUUGACCCUAAAUCCAGCCAACGGAAUUUUCUCCCAGUUUCCAAAUUUUCCCGUCAUGACGGAACUGGGUCCAUUGCCCGGUGCCAAGAUGGUGGCCGGGGUCACGGCGGUUUUACUGAAAUACGGGUGGACCAAGAAUCUGGGGUUUUGGUGUCCCACGAACGGCAUGGCAUGGCCCUUUAUUUUCUGUGAUAUAUUCAUCAAAAGCGAUUUAUACAAUAAGAUCGGCGCCGAGCAGUUCUACAUUGUCGAUCCCGAGAUUAAGGAAUUUUCCCGUGCCCAAUAUCGAAAAAUACUGAACGAUAUGCGAUAUCGAACACGAGUCAUUCUGGUGUUCCUCUUCCACCGACUGUUGCGUGAAUUCAUGAUUACCGCUCACGAGAUGAAUAUGACCAACGGCGAUUACGUUUUUCUGACCUUAGCUUUCCAGUUGAGUCCAGAUAGUCCGUAUCCAUUCACCUGGAAGGCCAACGAUAAAGAUGACGGGAAAGCCUUUCAAGCCUAUCAGUCCCUAAUUGCCUCGUCAGAUUCCCUGGUUAACUGGAAUGCCAUGAAAGACUUCGUCAGCGAAAGAGCAAGAAUAUCAGCUGAUGUGUACAAUAUCACGUUGCCUCCGGAAAGAAUGUACAACCAAGCUACGGCGCUCAUGUAUGACCUUCUCACUAGCUUUGCUGAGGGUGUCAACAGAUCCUUAGGAAAUGACGAUUACUUUCAACCUCGAACCUUUGCGAAACGCCUUAAGGAACAGAUGUACAGUCGAGAAACAAGUUCCACAAAGUUGGACAAGAAUGGUGGAGCAGCGUUCCGUGUGCCGAUUCUUCGACUGAAUACGGAAAGCGGAGAAAUCGAAGUACAGUACUAA